UCUUUCACCUGGUCAGGUACUUUUAAAGAGGACAUCAAGUAUCACUACAAACCGAAAAAUGGGCUGCGUUCAAAGCUUCAGAGAGUUUUGUGACCGCACCAAAAAUACAAAUAUUCGUUUAAGUCUUCCGGCGGUGUGUAUAGUGUGGCAAACAGCCAUGAUCAUAUUGUUUGGAGUUUUUAUUCGUUAUAAUGAGGAGGCUGAUCCACACUGGAUAGAACACAGGAAAGUUGAAAAUAUAUCGAGUGACAUUGAGAACGACUUCUACUUCAGAUAUCCAAGUUUCCAGGAUGUCCAUGUGAUGAUCUUUGUAGGUUUUGGCUUUCUGAUGACUUUUCUCAAGCGCUACAGCUUUGGUGCCGUGGGGUUCAACUUCCUCAUCGCAGCUUUUGGCAUCCAGUGGGCACUGCUCAUGCAAGGCUGGUUCCAUUCCCUGGAUUGGACUGAUGGAAAGAUCAAAAUAGGGGUCGAAAACUUAAUUAAUGCAGAUUUCUGUGUGGCGGGCUGCUUAAUCGCUUAUGGAGCUGUGCUGGGUAAAGUCAGCCCAGUCCAGCUGAUGGUUUUGACUCUGUUUGGCAUCACGUUGUUUGCCGUGGAUGAAUAUAUCAUUCUCAGUGUCAUUCAUGCUCGAGAUGCAGGAGGCUCUAUGGUGAUUCACAUAUUUGGUGCUUAUUACGGACUUGCCAUCUCAUGGAUGCUCUAUCGACCGAACCUGGACCAGAGUAGUCGUCUGCAGGGCUCGGUUUACCACUCGGAUGUUUUUGCUAUGAUCGGCACACUUUUUCUGUGGAUGUUCUGGCCCAGUUUCAAUUCAGCGAUCACCGAUCAUGGAGAUGGGCAGCACCGAGCCGCCAUCAACACCUACCUGGCUUUGGCGUCAACAGUGCUCACCACUAUAGCCAUCUCAAGCCUCUUCCAGAAGCAUGGAAAACUUGACAUGGUUCACAUUCAAAACUCCACUCUUGCCGGAGGUGUUGCAGUCGGCACUGCAGCAGAGUUCAUGCUGAUGCCUUAUGGGUCUCUCAUAGUUGGGUUCUGCUGUGGUGUCAUCUCCACAAUGGGUUAUAUCUUCAUCACGCCAUUUAUGGAGAAGCACUUGAAGAUCCAGGACACAUGUGGAAUCCACAACCUCCACGCCAUGCCAGGUCUCAUUGGGGGAAUUGUGGGAGCCAUUACUGCCGCCGCUGCGUCCGAGUCCGUUUAUGGUAAAGAAGGACUCAGUAACACCUUCGACUUUGAAGGUGAUUUUAAAAACAUGAUACCCACAAGGCAGGGAGGUCACCAGGCUGCGGGAGUAUGUGUUGCCGUUUGCUUUGGCGUAGGUGGAGGCAUCAUGGUUGGUUUUAUUUUACGGUUACCAAUCUGGGGGGAUCCGGCUGAUGACAACUGCUUUGACGAUGAAGUCUACUGGGAGGUGCCUGAAGAUGAGGAAAGUAUACCACCCGUACUGCAGUACAACAACCACAUGUUGAACAAAGACGUAACAGAGUCAAAUUUCACAUUGGAGCAGAACUGACCUGGCCUUCGGAUCGUGGAGGGUUCCUUUCCUGCGCUGGUAUCUUUUUGUUCUCUUUCUAGUUUGAUAAGCCAGAACUGCUGCGGCUAAUGUAAAUUAUUUGCUCAGUCAUGUUUCAUUUUCUUGUGAUUUGAUGAUUUUCAUGCUGUUUUGGUGCAUUGUGUGUGUGUUUGUGUUGACAAAGGAAAGCUAAAACGAAAGCAAAAUAGAAUUAAUCAAAAUUGUUCUUUUUACCUCAUAUUGUUGGAUGUAUGAUAUCAGAACUAAAAAUGUUUUUUGCGCUGUCAUGGGGACAUUUCUUUACAUUUGAAAAUGAAUCAUUUAUAAAAAUAUUCAUGUGUGGAAGGAUUGUAUUUGAAGAGUAUGUAAAUUGUAAAUAAAAUAUUUGUAAGGUAAGGUAAGGUCUAU